UUCGCUUUCAAAAAACAGGGAGUCUUCGGUGAAGUGCUGUGCGCCACACCAGCCGCUGCUGAUGGCGUCUGAUCAUGGAUGAGGAGCUCGACCCUGACGAUGGAAAUGUGAACUCCGUCUUGGCUCAGGAGUUCUCAGAGCUGCUCCGCAUCCUUCGCUGUCAGCCGGACUCAGUCAUAAUGCAGCUCAGCCAAACGGCGGCAAGUGACGCCGCGUGGCUGAACAGACCAGCAGCCGGCGGCCGCGCUGCCGCAUCAGACCGAGCUGAAGCCAUGCUGGAGUACUUCAGACACGCCACCACUGCAGAAUGCUGCAACUUCCUUCAGAUGGUUUGUCUUCUGUGUGAAGACAUCCCCAUGCACCUGGAGUCGAGGCUCAUGUCUGUGGCUGGAUAUGAUUGCAGCACAACUUCCUGUGAGAGGGAUGAGCAGCCUUUGACGCCGCCUGCAGAGGAGCAGCUCACCAAACGCCCACGCAUUGAUUACUGGGAGCAUUACAAGAGUGAAGUGGCCGGUUUACUGCAGCGGAGGUGGAAGCGAGCGUCAGAGGGCCUGGUGAAGGACGUGCAGCCGGACAAAAUUUGGGUCAGCAUAAGAACCGCAAACAGAGCCAGGGACCGACCCGAUCAGACCCCCGGUUCUGCAGAAAGAGGCAGCAGAACUCCAGAACCUGACGGUGAUUACGGGUGGCCCGAGUCCAGACUGACUUUGGAGAGCUUUCUGCGGGGAUGUGCAGGAAAAGUGACCGUUCUUGCUGGUCAAGCCGGAUCAGGAAAAACUCUGCUGAUGUCCUCUCUGGGGCAGCAGUGGGCUGAACAACUGGGCCCUAUCCCUUCAUCCCAGCUGUUUGUCUUGCUGGAGUUUCGUCAACUCAACCUCCUGACCGCCCCUCUUUCCCUGUCUGAACUGCUGUUUCAGCACUACCUCCCACCUAACGGGGACAAUGAUGCAAAGCAAGCCAUUGUGGACUACCUCCUUUCCAAUCCAGAGCAGAGCUGCUGGGUGCUGGACGGCUACGACGAGUUUCAGAAAAAACUGAAGCGGCAGAAAGUUCAGAAUGAGCCGUUGGACUCGUAUAAACCUCUGCCGGUCGCAGACCUCGUCUCAGGGCUGUUGAACCGUCGACUUCUCGCAGGAAGCACCGUGUUGGUCACGUGUCGUGUGCGCGACGUUAUGGAUUUGGAUGGUUUGUCGGACAAAGUGGGGCAGCUGCUGUCGUGGGACCACCAUGAAAUCCAGGAGUAUGUCAACAGUUUCUUUGGUGGGAAAGAUGGAAACCUUGGAGCAGAUGCAGCAGAGGUUCUUUUCUCCAGUCGACACCUCCUGGACAUGUCCUCACUCCCUGCCCUCUGCAAUAUCUGUUGCGUCUAUCUGCAACAUUUACUGCACCAACGCAGAGAUGCAGAAGAGAAGCAGAUGCUGGAAGAAAAAGAAGUUGAAGCAAAGAAAAAACAGGUAGAAAUAGAGGGAAAGGGGGCACAAUUUCCUGAUGGAGUGGACAGCAGGACAGACAGUCCUUCAAAAAUACCACUACGAAGUAUAAAAGGUGAAGCAGUCGAAAAGGCAAUAAUGGACUUUAAGAAAAGCAGCGUCAGACUGACUGGUACAUUAGCACAAAUCCCUCCGACCCAGACUCAGAUCUACCUCGCUGCUGUUGCUGCAUUUCUUAGCCUGUACCGCAGAGGAGGAAAUGACAGGGCAGAGACCUCAGGAUUUCCUCAGAGUACCGAGUUUACAUGGAACGCUCAAACUCUGCAUCCAGCCGAGCUGUGUGAGCUCAGUCGGCUAGCAUGGGGAGGGCUGGAGGAGAGGAAGAUUGUCUUUUUGGAAGAAGACAUUCCACAACAUACUUUGGAGUUAUCACUCAAGGCAGGACUCUUGUCACAGGUGGAGUUCAGACGUCAGGACGGAUCACUCGUCGACGCGUACUGCUUCGUUCAUCUCACAGUGCAGGAGUUUCUGGCGGCACUCAGGAUCAUGACAAGCAGUGAUGUUACUGAUGCACACCUGAAGAAGAAAUUCAGUCUGAAAACUCGCUGGACGACUAAAUCCGACCAGAAGACGGUGUUCACUGAUUCUCUCUACCUGUACGUCUGUGGUCUGGCGUCGUCAGACUGCGCUCCUGCUCUGACUCUCGUUGCCGGCGCAGCGGGUUUGAAAGGAGCCAAAACCUGGGUCCAGAAACGCCAAUCCCUCGUUCUCAAAUUACUGGAGGCUCUGUGUCGCAGCACCGCCCUGACUGGACCAAAGAUUUUGCAGCUCUGUCACUGCGUUCAGGAGAGCCAGAACCAACAACUGGCUCGGCAGGUUGUGAGCGUGCGACCAACCCUGGAGCUGCGAAACUUCUGGCUGUUACCCAGCGAUAUCGACGCUCUGGUGUUUGUGGUCAACUCAGUCGGCAACAGAGGUGCCGGUUUGGAUUUCGGCGCCUGCUCGAUGGAGCUGGAGUGUUUAGACGCCCUGUCCAGGUGUCAGCACAUUCGUUCCCUCAGUUUUCACAGCCGCAAGUAUGGUGACAAGUUUGCAGAGAAGCUCUCCUCCAUUCUACCUCGAUUCACGACGCUGAGCAAACUAGAGUUUUGUGGUGCCAGCCUGACUGCUGUGGGGGCUGCGAGUUUGGCCUCUGGUCUGCAGAACUGUCCCAGCAUCACUGAGCUCAAUUUUAGUGACAACAAUCUGCAAGAUGAAGGAAUCGGACACAUUGCUGACAUUCUUGCCAAACUACAAAACUUGGUCUCUGUGAAGCUGGGACGAAACAACACUUCUCUGAAAGCAGCAGAGUGUCUUGUUAAACAGGCCUCUUCCUGUUUGAAUAUCCAACAUGUCCAUGCAGAUGGGAUCAAAGAUUUGAUGUUGACUUUUUCUCAAAAAUCUGAUUUAAACAGCCAUAGGAUUAAGCCAGAGCCAGAAGUGAGACUGUUGAAUCAGAAGUGGACCAAGCCUGACAUGCAAAACCUUGGCAAAUCGCUGACUUGCUUUCCCUCCCUGUCAGUGCUGGAUCUGUCUGGAGGCGCGUGGGAUGAGGAAACUUUAAAAGCGCUGACUCAGUUUGUGCCAAGGCUCAGUAUCUCUGAGAGGAUUAUCUUGGAUGGUAGCUGCUCCUCGGUGCGGUGCGUGGGGGUCAUCACCGCUUUGCUUCCUCGCUGUCCGUCUGUGGUGGAGAUGCGCAUCAGACUGCAGGAUCCAGUUCAGGUGUCUGUGGUGUUCUCUGGAGGGAGAGAAAAAACGAAUGCUCCGUCUAAGAUGCUCUGCCUCAGCUGCUGUAGUCUGGAGCCCAACGACCUGGAAAGAGUUUGGAAAAGUUUAGGAACGUCCUCUGGUCUCUCUGAGUUGGACUUGUCUUGUAACAACUUAGGCGACAAAGGACUAAAGAAGUUGUUGGACUUCCUGCAUCGACUAAGCAAAGUCCGACAAGUGAAUUUCAGCGACAAUGGCGUCAGCGUUGAUGGAGUGGUUAUGCUGGCGGAUGCGUUGUGCUCCUGUAACAGCUUGACUCAGAUUUACAUAAGUGAUGGAGGCAAAGACCAGGUGAAGCUACAGUUUAGCUCUGACACGAGUCAACCGAGGAAAAAAGUGUUCAGCAUCAACAAAAGCUCCCUGACACCAUCUGAUGUGAACAAAGUGUGCAGGAAACUGGUCCAGUGUCGCCUCAGUGUGGAGCUAGAGUUUAUUCAGUGCUCAUUUGUUGAGAAAUCUAUUGAACAUCUGAGAGUAUUGCAAAGGAUGCCGUCGCUACAGAAACUCAAUGUCAGUCACAGUAUCACGUCCACCGCUGACGCUCUGACCCUGAUCAGCUGUUUCUCUGACAGCCGCCGGCUCUCAUCCGUGGAGCUCAGUCCGCAGAAUGAAUCCUUCUUUCAUUUUGAUGCGGUCGAGGAGGAUCAAGUAAACUUUAGGUUAACAGACUUUUCUUUCAAAGGAGCCAACUUUGUCUUAUUGGACCGACUGCUUGAGAUCCUGCAGCAGACCCGGCAGCUCUCUUAUCUUGAUUUAUCAGGAAACCAGCUGGAGGAUGAAGGAGUGAGCUCUUUAUUGGGGUCUCUUCCGAGGCUUAGAGUCAGCAGCUACAUUAACCUUAGUAAGAACAGAUUGAGCCCCGUGGGGCUGUUGAACGUAGCCAGAAGGUUGUGUAGCUGCACUGACGUUUCCGCUGUGGAAGUCAGUUUGGGAGACGAUGAAAGGUGUCUCAUCUGGUUCAAACAAAAAGGAGGAGGGGGAAAAACUCUGAGUGUCAGAGACAGCAUGCUGCAGCGUGAUCAUCUGCUCAGUUUAGCUAACAUCUUGUCCAACGGUCUCAGUUUGACCAAAGUGGAAUUAAAGAACAACCUGCUGCAGUCUGAGUGGAUUGAAAACUUUGUGGCGGUUUUAAACUCUAAUCAAAGAGGAUGCACUGUCAGCAUUGAAGAAAGUUGGAUCAGCGACGAUGAAGCUGCGCGUUUACUGCGUCGCUGCCUGCAGCGCAGCAAACUCAUCCAAACCAUCAGGAUUGACCACACUAAACUACAGCUGGUUCUGAUGAACAACACGGAAAUGAGCCAAGACAGGGAAGUCACACUUCCGGCUCAGUUAAUGACUAAAAACAUAAGCUUCUUCAGCAACACACUGGGCGUGACUGGAGCCGAAUUACUCUGUUCCCUUCUGCCCUCAUUAACAAAUCUCACAUCUAUCAGCGUUGGGAUCAAAGACAGCCCCGUAUCCGUGGUGGAGGAGCUCUUACACGUCAUCCUGGUGUCUACAGCCGCUCAGCGUUUAAGCUUGUCUGGUGUUGUGAUCAGCGACGCAGCAGCUCAGACCGUGACCAAAUUGUUGCCCCGCCUCCGAUCGCUCAACAUGGCCCAUUGUGCAUGGUUAGCGGCUGGAAGGCUGCAGCUUAUGGAAGCGCUGAAGGAGUGCACCGCUUUGGAAGAUCUCUGUCUGGAUGCAGCGACGCAGCUGAACGAGGAGUGCUGGGGAUGUUUGGCACAAGCUCUGAGGAAUAUGAACGCUUUGCAGAUUCUCAAGUUGAAUGAAAUCGUAAUAACUUCCGGACAAUCGGAAGCUGACGUUGUUCUGGAGCUCCUGGCUGGGAUGGAAGAACUCACACAGAUACAGGAGAUAGAGUUGGGUGGCUGGAGGAUGGCUGAUAGAGGCAUACAUAAGCUGACUGGAAUGCUUCCUGUCUGGAAAGACCUCAGGAAGAUCAGUCUUUCCAAGAAUCUGGUGAAUGAUUCUGCUGGGGAGAAGCUGCUGGAGGCUCUGAGGAGCUGCAGCCGCCUGGAGGAGCUCCAUCUGUCCAGUAACCUUCUUGGCGACCUCUCUGCUGCCAGCAUGGCUCUUGUUCUCCCGUCAAUGACCCAACUCGCUGUUUUAGAUCUAUCAGAAAACAGAAUCGGAAGUGAAGGCUUGCUCAGCUUGUCCAGAGCAGUAAUGAGCCUAAAGAGCCUCCAAAAGAUCCACCUGACCUCCGUGGGGGAUUCAGCGCUGAGGGCUGUCGCUGCCAGUCUGAGCCACUGUCCCUUCAUACAGGAUGUGGGCUUCGGGUGGAAUAACUGUGGAGACGACGUGGCCCAGGAGCUGGCCAAGGUUCUGCCUUUUUGCCACGAUCUGGCUCGCAUUGACCUGGAGUGCAACAGUGUGAGUGCUGCUGGAGUGGAGGCCCUGGUCAUAGCAUUAAGGUCCUGCCCUGCUCCACAGGUCAUCAGGCUGUGGAAGAAUAAUGUGUCCCUGAAUGAAGCACAGAGGUUCAACCAGAUGGAGAGGAGGCUGAACUUCUCCUCCACCUAACGGGAUUUUUACCGCAGGACGGUGGAGAACAAACAGUCCCAGCUGGGUUUGACUUCAGCACCUGCUGAAGUUUAAAAGCACCUGGGAACAAACUGCUCAGUGAGCGUAUUUAUUGAAAAGAUCAAGUAUUUGAGUCUAUUUUAAAUUGUGACUGCUGCAUCUGUCAGCCUCUCGUUUUACAGGCGCAAUCAGCCGACACUGUGGCAGCGGGUCCAAACUGUGGCGUCAAGUUAUUUCAUCUGUUUAUGCUCCACAUACAGAGAAAAACUCUCACACAUGUCGCACACUUGUCUUACUGCAAGCAAUGAAAAUAACACAGAAUAGGAUUUAUUUUUUAAUUUACAUCAAAUGACCUUUAAGACAUCCCACAAUCAUAUCAUAGGAUCAGGAGUAUGACGUGAUGUAAAAUGACUUCUGACCAAACGACAUGCCACAGAUCUCAGCACAGAUUUUGUAACUACUUUAAUGAGCUCGUUAUUUUUCAUCUGUUUGGAUCCUUCUGCGCACGGUUUCUGCCGUGAAGCUAAAGGCCACCUUUUAUCUGUUCUAUGAAUUUUUGGACAGAAAUGUUUUCCUUUGUAUUUCUGCAGACUCUGAUUUAAUGAGCCAAUUUGCACUGUGACACAGAGGCCGCAUAAGUGAAAAACACACAAUAAGCCAAGAAUCUGCAGUAAUCUGGGGGGGUCUCCUCUCCUAAUCACCAUUAAAGGUUGUGGCCUCUGUCAGAAUACGUAUUUAUUUUUGCUCUUUGAUGUGACGAAAUUAGCAGCUUCAGUUUUAUUGUUUAUUUAUGUUUGAUUCAAAGUAAGUUUUCACAUAUUGUUCACCUUGUACCGAUUUCUAUUUUAAGAGUUGUUGAUAAAAUGGCACACGGCCCGGUUCUGGGAUUUAUGCACCUUAUUGUGUUCUGUUGCCUUUUUUGUCACAAUCACUGGUGGAACCAAGUGUGCUUUUUAGGGCUAUUUCAUCUUAAAAGACAAAAGAUGAUAUUUUGCCUACAAUUUGCCAAAAUCUGUUUGAAAUGUGUUGUUUCUACUUGUGUAUACAAAGUUUUUUGUUUACAUGGGUACUGGUGAUCCAGAUGAAUGAGAUCAUUCACAUCCUGCCAAUAUCUUCAGUUUCACUGAGGACCCUUGAUAUUUUUUUUAAUGUAUGUCUGUUUCUUGUAAAAAGUUAUACAUUUUGUUUCUUUUCUUUCUUAUUUAUUGUAAAUAUGAUAAAAACAAAUGCUGUGGCUAAAAUACUGGCAGCUGCUUGAAGAAACUUCACCUUUUUGAAACACAUGGCUCCCUCUUGUGGUUACUAAAGGUUCUACAGCCAUAAUUGCUGUCGUGAACUAAUAAAAGAACAAAAAACACCAGAAAAAGCAUCAUGUUGACUUAUUACUAAAUAAUUUAUGGAUAAACCCUUUCCCUGACAGCUUUUACAAAUUAGGCUAUCAAAAAUAUAACAAUAUGCAAUUCAAACUGCAAAAAAUAAAAUAAAAUGGAAAAAGUUGACAAGUCAG